GGUUUCGUGGGCACCUCAGUGCGCCGCUGUUCUGCGUGGUUGAUUGGAACGGGAGGCUAGAAAGUAAGGUAACAAGGCGCUUCAGUGCCUUCCUUCCUUCCCUCUCCGACCACCCAGGGACCGAGCGACGAAGGAACUGGAAAUUCUUACCUUUCUGGUGACUUCCACUCUUCUCCUUCAUCCCCAAGAAACCAAAAAAACUUUCCAGCCAACCAAAUAUCGAUUUCUUGACCUCGAGAACCUCCCUCUCCUCUUCCCGUUGCUGCCGUUACCGACAAACCGACCGACCGAUCAUGUUUCGCCGUCGCUGGUCGGGCCUCCCGGCCGACCCAGUCUUUGCCGCCGACUUCAAAGAACUCGGCUACUUCAUCAACGACAUCGACGAGAUCCGAUCCAUCGACAACUCCGACUACUACUUCAAGUACUACCUGACCAAGAACUCCCGCUGGAACGAGCGCCAGCGCUUCGCCUUCAACGAAGCCGUCCGCAAAACCAUCCACGCCCGCCUGACCGCCCCGUCGCCGUACAACUUCACCACGGUGCGGCUCCCGCUCGGCACGCCGCCCUCGCAGCCGCACGUGCCCGUGCUGACCUCGCCACACCUCGCAGCCGCCUCCCGCGUCGUCCUCCUCGUCGGCGAGCCCUGCCAGGCGCUCGGCGUGCUCGCGCACCGCGUGAUCUGCGGGCGCGGCGGCAUCACGCGCGGCUCCGUGCUGGGGCUGGUGGGCGCGCUGACGGCGGCGGCGGAGGCGGCUGCGCAGCCGCCGCCGGACGUCGUCCUGGCCAACACGGGCGAGCUGUGGUGGUGGCCCGAGGGCGGGCGCGGGCUGACGCCCGUGGAGCGGCACGCCGUGCCGAUGGCCAGCGCCGUCCACUGGGGUCGGUGGCAUGAGAAGGAGAAUGAGAUUGAGGGGCAUCGGACGGUGCGGGAGCACGUGCGGGCCGUGUUCGAGGAGGUGGUUCUGAACGGGGAGAUGGUGGACGAGCGGGCCAAGGUGGAUGUCAUUGCGGUGGGUGAUGCGGCGGAUGAGGUGGAGGGGUAUCUGGACGAUGAGGAGGUGUGGAAGAAGGUUGGCACGAGGCUGAAUUGCCUGGUGGUGAUGGGCGGGUUUUACAGCUCGGCGAACUUCAAGUGUGAAGGGUUCAGGCGGUUCAUGAAGGAGCGCGGACGCGCGUACGUCAUCCACCACACGCCCGUCGACACGCCCGUCGCCGGUCCGAGCGGCAACCCUGGCGCCUCCGGCUUCACCUCGUUCGGCUGCCCCGUCUACAGCGCAGGCCCCGCCGCCAAGUACACCGAAACGAUGCUCAUCGAGGCCCAGCGGGAGGUCGUCAGCUGGAUCCAGCAGGUGGCGCUGGCUGGCGACGCGUACAAGAACGAGGUCUUCGCAGUGUUUGGCGAGGAG